ACACAACGGGGUCGGUCACGCAAGUGGACCAUCUGACAGCACCGGUGGAAAAACGGACCUGGUGUUGUUGGAGUGCAGACUGGAUUGUGGACAAGUCUGUACUGGGGGAAGUCCGAUCCAGAGGUCCGGGUGAAGACUUAGGGGUGCCGUCUGGUUCCAUCUUGGUCGGAACGUCUGUUAUGUCGAACUGGGGAAGGAGACGGCACGACAACAGGAUAUCAAGCUCAACAGCGUCCAAGUCCAAAGGGGAUGAUCCAAGAGGAGGUCCAAUGUCCGUGCGGGCUCGAGGGCAGGAGGGCGGAAUCCGGAAGUUCAAAACUGGGUCAAGGAUCGGGGAGAGCAAACAGAGUCCAGGAGGGAAAAACAGCAGCGGAGAUGUCAACAUACAAGAGAGCCACGUUGGAUGAGGAGGACCUGGUGGACUCCAGUGGGGACGACAUCUACCAGUCAACACCCAUGCAGGUGAAUCUUCUGCAGGAGCGUGGCCUCCCUUGUUGGCCUGAGAGAACGCCGCGGGAGAGGAGGCUCCUGGUUUUAGUGUGUGUCCUUUCUGUGGGCCUGUUCGUAUCGCUCAUCACGACCGCCGUCUUCUACCGGCAAACUCACCCCGGCAUGUGUCUGACGGAGUCGUGCAUCAGGGUGGCCAGCGCAGUCACAGCGGCCCUGGAUCGCUCCGUGGACCCCUGCCAGGACUUCUACAACUUUGCCUGCGGGGGCUGGAUGAAGAACAACCCCCUCCCUGAGGGCAAGUCCCGCUGGGGGCCCUUCAGCAACCUGUGGGAGCACAACAUGCUGGUCAUGAAGCGGUUGUUAGAGAACACAACCAGGAAAGGUCUGAGUCAAGCUGAGGAAAAAGCGCAGAGAUAUUAUCAGGCCUGUAUGAACGAGAGCAAGAUCCAGGAGUUAGGAGCCAAACCGUUACAGGAGCUCAUCACGCAGAUUGGAGGAUGGGCCCUGACCGGGUCCUGGGACAAAGACAACUUCCAGGAAGUCCUCCGAUCGGUUUCGGCAAACUACCGCACCUCGCCCUUCUUCACCGUGUUCGUCAGCACCGACUCCAAGAACUCGUCCAGUAACAUCAUCCAGGUGGAUCAGUCCAGUCUAGGACUCCCUUCACGGGAUUACUACCUCAACAAAACCGCCAAUGAAAAGUACCUAACGGCAUACCUGAACUUCCUGGUGGAACUAGGCGUCCUCUUGGGGGGCUCCGAGGAGACGUCUCGGGUGCUCAUGGGGGAGAUCGUGGACUUUGAAACGACCCUAGCCAACAUCACGGUCCCGCAGGUGGAGAGGCGGGACGAGGAGCUCAUCUACCACAAGAUGGAGGCCAAAGACUUGAAGACUUUGGCCCCGGCAGUGGACUGGAUGCCCUAUCUCAGCGAGGUGUUUGCGCCGGUGCCGCUCACCGAGUCGGAGCCGCUGGUCGUCUACGCCAUAGAAUACCUCCAGAAAAUAUCGGACCUCAUCCAAAAUACCAAUAAAAGCCUUCUCAACAACUACAUGAUCAUGAAGGUGGUCAGGAAGAUGGUGUCCAACUUGGACCAGAGGUUCCAGGAUACAGAGCAGCGCUUCCUAGAGGUCAUGUAUGGGACUAAAAAGAGCUGCACCCCUCGAUGGAAGCUGUGCGUCAGCGACACCGACAGCAGCCUGGGCUUCGCUCUGGGCGCCAUGUUCGUGAAAGACACCUUCGCCGAGGACAGCAAGACCAUAGCCGAGGACAUGGUGGGAGAAAUUAAAAAGGCGUUUGAGGAGAGCCUGAAGUACGUUAGCUGGAUGGAUGCUGACACCAAGAAGGCAGCGAAGGAGAAGGCAGAUGCUAUUUACAACAUGGUGGGCUAUCCAGAGUUCAUCAUGAACACCACAAAGCUGGACAAGGUGUUCAAUGAUUUCGAGGUGGUGAUGGAUUUUUACUUCCAAAACGUCAUGCAGUACUACAACUUCUCAGCCAGGGUGACGGCGGAUCAGCUGAGGAAAACUCCAAACAGAAACCAGUGGAGCAUGACGCCCCCAACAGUGAAUGCCUAUUACAACCCCACCAAGAAUGAGAUGGUUUUGCCAGCGGGAAUUCUUCAAACUCCAUUCUACAGUCGAUCCUGGCCUAAAGCUCUGAACUUUGGCGGCAUUGGGGUGGUCAUGGGGCACGAACUUACCCACGCUUUUGACGACCAAGGGAGGGAAUAUGACAAGGACGGCAACCUGCGCUCCUGGUGGAAGAACUCGUCCGUGGAGGCCUUCAAGAAGCAGACUCAGUGCAUGGUGGAGCAGUACGGCAACUACAGGAUCAACCAGGAGCCUCUGAACGGAAAACACACGCUGGGGGAGAACAUCGCCGACAACGGUGGACUCAAGUCUGCCUACAAGGCUUACGUGAACUGGAUGGAGAAGAACGGGGACGAGGCCACCCUGCCUGCCCUGGGAAUGACCAACCACCAGCUCUUUUUUGUGGGCUUUGCACAGGUGUGGUGCUCGGUCCGGACGCCCGAGAGCUCGCACGAGGGCGUCAUCACCGACCCGCACAGUCCGUCCAGAUUCCGAGUAAUCGGGACAGUAUCCAAUUCGCGGGAAUUCUCCCAUCACUUUGGCUGCAAGGCCAACACGCCCAUGAACCCCAAACACAAGUGUGAGCUUUGGUAGUCCCUCCCAAAGUUGGUAGGCCAAAAACCACGGAACCAGCCUACCUGUCUUACCACUAACAUGUCUCUCUGCGCCUUCUUGCCAGGACUGUUUGGAAGCUUCCGUCUCCAUCUUCAGGUUGAAUGUUUGCCAUAAAAGUGCUUUUUUUUUCUAACACUGGAGAUAAAAACCUUUAAGGAUGAGAGAAGAACUCAUGUUUUCUAGCCGCUAACAUCUAGCGAGCACCCACUCUGAUGAUUAAUUUUAUUGUCCCAAACUUUUUCAGGACUUAUUCUGUAUAUCAGUGGUCCCCAACCACAACCGGGUCGCACUUUCAUUCAUUCAUUCAUUUAUAAACUACCACAUGUUCUCCAACUUUACUUUGGCCUGUCCCACUAAACACACCAAUAAGUUUGUUCAUAGAUGUAUAUAACAACUUCUUUGUUAUAUUAGAUUAAUAAACACCAAUAAGUUUGUUUAUGGAUGUAUACAACGAAUCCUUUGUUAUAGUACAUUAAUAAACACACCAAUAAGUUUGUUUAUAAAUGUAUAUAACAACUCCUUUGUUGUAAUACAUUAAUAAACACACCAAAAAGUUUGUUUAUAGAUAUAUAUUACAACUCAUUUGUUAUAGUACAUUAUCAAACACACCAAUAAGUUUGUUUAUAGAUGUAUAUAACAACUCAUUUGUUAUAGUAUAAUAUUAAACACACCAAUAAGAUCGUUGAAAGAUAUAUAUAUAUAUAUAUAAGAACUCCUUUGUUAUAGUACAUUAAUACACACACCAAUAAGAUUGUUUAUAGAUGUAUAUAACAACUCUUUUGUUAUAGUACAUUAAUGAACAUAUCACAAGUUAAUGUGUCAGAUUGUAGCCAAAGUCUAAUUUCCAUCUGCAGUGCCCUGCAGGGUGACAGGGGUUCUUAACCUUUUUGACCUCAGGACCCAACUUUUCCACUACAGAUGGCCCCGGGGACCACUCCAAUAUUGCCACUGAAUUAGUAAUCUUACUCUUGAUUUAGAUCAUAUUCAAUGAUUAUAUCUAACCGACUUACAGUUCACUACCUUGUCAAAUUUUAUAAAAGCAUGUGUUCAUCACAAAGAUUAUGUUAUUGAUUUAACAAAAUAAACCUUAGGCUUAGGUCAAGCUGACUUGAAAAAUAAGUACGAACCAAAUAAAGAAUACAUUUACAUACAAUAUGUACUAUGGUGUGUUAGAAUAAAUCAACUAAAUUAAUAAUAAAUAUGUUUCUUAACCAAACUUUCAAUAAAAUUAACGUCACUUUAGUCAUUAUUUUUGUGCCUAAGGAAUUUAUCUGACAUUAGCGCCAGACUUCUUUUGUUUGAUAUUGUCACUACUGCCACAAGUGGUGGAAAAGUGUACUACAACUGUGUACAGCUGCGGCCUAUACAGACCACAGCUGAAAAACACCUAUAUUACAUUCUAGGGGGCGCUCGCGGCCCAACGCUGGGCCUAUGCUUAAUUAACACUGGUAUAUAGCAGUGGUGUGCCAUCAGGGCCAGCAAGGCCUUCUCUGCUGACCUAACAGAAAUCAUGAUCAUUAAUUUAAAAAAGUUUAUUUUAUUUUUAAUUGACUUUCCAUAAAUAUAUAAAAGUAUUCAUCAUAUUCUCUUUAUGUCAUAUUUGGCUCCAGUGUUGCUCUUUUAAGAUAGAGCUUUUAUCCAAUCAGAAUUCAGCUAGCUUGUUGCCAGCGCUGUAUAAAUUCUGCCGUAGGCCUUCUGACCCAACAUUAGUGGCGGCUGUGCAGUUUAACGAACAGAGGACAUUCAGUUGACAAUAGCCUUACGUUGAAAGUGACUGUGAUUGGAUACUUACUCCCAGGUAUCCAAUCACAAGUUGUGAUUUACGAAAGCAGAAAGUGGCACCGGAGCCAUACUCGGCCAGCGGAGAAAUCAGCUGUACUCACAUUUUUUAACCAACAAAGUAGCAGAGCAAAAUUAGGUGGCAUAUAUAACGGUCAUUUCCACUCAAAUCAACCAACUACGAGCGGUAUUGUGAGUUCAAAUAUAUUUUUUAACAUUCAAUGUUUUUUUACAAUUAUUUUUGACAGUACCACGUCCGAUGCGGGUUUAUUGAGUUUUAAACGCGCAAAAAAUAGCCCUUUUUGUACACUAGUGACAAGUUGAGUUAUUUCAAUGACCAGUAGUGCGCAAGUGUGUUUCUGUAUAGUAUUUUACAAGCCAUAGCUUUCGUUCUUGAUUAAUGAAAACAUUCUUGGCAAAUGCUUUAAAUAAUGGUAUUUUGAGAGGUAUUUAUUGAAGUCGGACUAAGUAGGACAUCACUGAAGGCCUAGAUGGGAAACGCACGGCCCGCCACUAUAUGCCAGGGCUCCUACUACUUCAGCGUUAUUUAUGAUGAGUUGAUUUUUCAUGCUCAUUGUUUUGCUGUUUUUAUCCGCCACAUGUGGAAAUAAUGCACACAUUAAAGCGGACCUGGUGGACAAAAGGUUGGGGACCCCUGCUGUGUAUGAAUGACAGAAACAUGCAUUUAUGACGAGAUGUCUGUUCUCCUAACCCCAACUUUCUGUUUCACAUCCUUCAACCUAAUUUCACUCCUUUAUUCAUGUCACUGUUUUAUUCAACACUCAACUGGGGGACUUUUUGGUUUUGUUUGUAGCCCAGGGUGUUUUUAAGCCCGUUAAAAUAUGAAAGUCCGCUUAAAAAGGAUUGCAAAGCCAUAUUUAUCCAGAAUGUUUAGAGUUCUCUCUCUGUGAGGGACAGAUGCACUGUGUGUGUACAACUUGGUCCAGCAGUUGUUUUGACUGGGAGAGAAUUGCUGCCCUGACUAUUUCAUGACAACGCCACUUUCCGACUGCUUGGAAACACGGAAAGAAUAUAGCAAGCAAUAAAAAACAAAAAGCUGCUGAGACAACCAAAAUAGACUAAGAUGAUGUUGUUUUUGUGUGGAAAUAUUAUUUUGUAUAAUAAAACAACUAUAAAACUUUU